CUGGUCAUCUCUUACAACCAGAUUAAAGGGCCAGGCCUUUGUGCAAUAGCCGAUGCUAUGGCCAAUCAUAACCAGACUCUAAAGCGUAUCUUUCUCUGGGGCAACGAUUUUGAAGAGUCAGCAUGCGAUGCUUUCGCCCGGCUUCUAUCAUCUGGACGUCUUGAGGAACAAAACACAGACUUUCAACCUUAUGGAGUCGACGGCAGAACUUACUUCGCCAAACUGCACAACGACUGUGACUAUCGCAGGUAUCGAUUCACUGUCCCCUAUUGGAAGAAACAGGCCCCCCAGGACCGAUCUAUAGCUCUUAGCUAG